AUGUUUUUAUUUUUCUUCUCUUUCUUUUUUCUACGAGAGCAACCAUAUGUCUGCAAAUUCUGUAAUCGAAGUUUUUCAAUUUCAUCAAAUUUACAACGGCAUAUUCGAAAUAUUCAUAAACGUGAACGACCAUUCCGUUGUACACAUUGUGAUAAAUGUUUUGGUCAACAAACAAAUCUAGAUCGACAUAUGAAAAAACACAUAUCACAAUUAUCAUCGAUUCUAUCGCUAACACAUUCAUCGUCGAAUCUCUCGUUGAUACCGUCGACAUCAUUUAUUUUCCAUUCAAAUUUGAAUGAAAAUCUACCGCAAAACUCAACUGAUGAUGAUGAAGAUUCCAAUGAAUCGACAGAUGAAGAAGAAGAUGACGAAGAACAACAAGAAGAAAUCGAUGAAGAAGAUGAAGAUUUAGAGACAAAUUCAUUAUCAAUUGAUACUUUGAAUGAAAAUGUGCAACAACACUCUGUUUCUACGUUAGUUUAA